AUGGCUGAUAUCAGCCUUGUACAGAGACCCGGUAGUCAUCACGUCGCAAGGGUCCGGACACCCGCAUUGGUCCGCUUGAACAACACCCUGCUGACUGGUAACUCGCAAGCUGUUAAGCAAACAACAGUGCUAAGCGACCAACUUCCACCCAUCCCUCGCGUAGCUCACCCACGUAGCUGGGCCGGGAUCACCUACGAUAAUCAAAUCGCCCAGCUUCUGUUCGGGGAAGUUUUGGCCAUGCAAGUCGCCAGGCAAGCCGGCCUUCCUGUACCCAGAGUUAUCUGCUAUGGCGAGCAUGCUGAUAGUCCGCAUGCGCCGGUUUCGAUCCUGAUAACGCGGGUUCCUGGUAAGGAAUUAGGUCAGGUUUAUGAUACCCUAAGCGACGAAGAGAAAGAGAUGGUGUUCCGACAGCUGGAUCGGUUUUCAAUGUGUAUUAGGAACUGGGAGAAUUCGUGGGGCGAAAGCAGGAUCUGCUUGAUUGUAGGAACGCGGGUGUCUAAUCAUCUUGCCGGUCCGUUUAGAUCGGAGCAAGAACUCAACGACUAUUUGAGGGAACCUGCCUGGUCGGAGGCGAUGAAUCGAGCCAGGAAGAUGGAUGAGCUACCCCAUCGUAUCGUCUUUACUCACGGAGAUUUGAAACACUACAAUAUCAUGGUCCGUGCGGGACGCAUCACGGGCUUCCUGGACUGGAAAUCCGCAGGCUGGUAUUCUGAGUAUUGGGCAUUCACGACAGCGUUGAGGUUCACGCCGGAGGACUUCUGGUGGGCACUGACUUGUUUGGCUAGUGCCUCUUAUUACUGGUGA